AUGUAUGUGAGGGCUGUGUGGAAGGAGGGUGACAGAGAGGAGGAAGGCGUGGUCCCACAGAACUGGGUGGAUGAAGGGGAAAAGGUAGUUCGGUGGCCUUCAAGGUUUAGUGUCACUAAAACAGAGAAGGCGAUAAGGGAUCGGGUGGAGCCAGAGGAGGACUGGCUCGUCUUCCCCUUAUUGAAAAUUAAGAUGACAUCCGCCAAGCGCAGAGAAUGCGCAAUAUACAACCUCACGAGCCUGGCUGAGGAUGAAGAGGAAGACGAUGAGAGACCGGCUAAAAAGAGGCCACGGAAGAAAAAAAAUAUUCCAGACUUCCUUGAAAAUGAUACUUCUGAAUCCGACGAGGAAAGCAACAGAGGUCCAACCCUGUCAAGCUUUCCGGAGCCUCCGGCCAAGGUUUCUCCCCUUCGUCAUUCAAUCUUUACUGAACAUCCAGAAAGGGGUGUUUCCAGGUCCAGGUCUUGCUCCACCAGAGGCCUGUCCAGGUCUCCCAACCCCACUCCGUCCAGCUCGGCCACGUCUCACUCUGCCAGACGCCCGUCCAGCACUCCCUCGACCAGACGCCCGUUCAGGUCUCCCAACCCCACUCCCUCCAGCAGCUCGGCCACGUCUCCCUCCGCCAGACGCCCUUCCACGUCUCAAUCCACGAGACGCCCCUCAUGGUCUCCCUCCCCCAGACGCCCCUCAUGGUCUCCCUCCCCCAGACGCCCCUCAUGGUCUCCCUCCCACAGACGCCCGUCCGGGUCUCCCUCCCACAGACGCCCGUCCGGGUCUCCCUCCCACAGACGCCCGUCCGGGUCUCCCUCCCACAGACGCCCGUCCGGGUCUCCCUCCCACAGACGCCCGUCCGGGUCUCCCUCCCACAGACGCCCGUCCGGGUCUCCCUCCCACAGACGCCGGUCCGGGUCUCCCUCCCACAGACGCCGGUCCGGGUCUCCCUCCCACAGACGCCGGUCCGGGUCUCCCUCCCACAGACGCCGGUCCGGGUCUCCCUCCCACAGACGCCGGUCCGGGUCUCCCUCCCACAGACGCCGGUCCGGGUCUCCCUCCCACAGACGCCGGUCCGGGUCUCCCUCCCACAGACGCCGGUCCGGGUCUCCCUCCCACAGACGCCGGUCCGGGUCUCCCUCCCACAGACGCCGGUCCGGGUCUCCCUCCCACAGACGCCGGUCCGGGUCUCCCUCCCACAGACGCCGGUCCGGGUCUCCCUCCCACAGACGCCGGUCCGGGUCUUCCUCCCACAGACGCCGGUCCGGGUCUUCCUCCCACAGACGCCGGUCCGGGUCUCCCUCUCCCAGGCGCCCGUCCAAGUCUGGCUACGCCAGAUAUGAUGUUAAAACCUGGACCUUCCCCUUGCCUCAGGAGGUAUUUCAAAAAAAAGUUCUAAGCCUGCUGCUUCAGAUUCGCGACCAACAUUCUGCACCAACAUCUGCCCUGGUUGGGAACAUCGUCAGGAUGGAGACGAUGGAGCAAUUUGAAGAGGAGGAAGUGCAGCUAAUGGACCCCAGUAAUUUUGAACGCAUGGUGCAGUGUCUGGCCAGAGUGGGAGGAAGGGACGCAAAGGAAUGUGUCAGAAAAGUCCUUGACAGGCUGUUCACGAACGCUCUUAUGGCCCAAUUUAACAUGAUGGGCAAGGGCCAGAAGGAGAAAAGGGCACUAAAGGGCACAAAGCUCUUCAAGGCAAUACAAGAAGGAGUAAUGAGGUUCGACAAGGCGGCAACGGAGGACCUUAUCAGGCAGACCACCGCUGACCACCUAAAACAUGCGCCGCAGAGACGCAAGCAGUGAGGCACCUCGUCGAUGUGGCAGUUUCCGUUUAUCCUGUUUCCUGUUUUGCAUCCUACAACACACAUCUCCACUCUCCACACACACAACAUGCACCUCAUGCUUACUUUACUGACAUCCACAUCCCAUGUUUUCUUUUUUUUAUUAAUAAACAUAUUUUUUUAUUCCUUA